AUGGGGAAGUUCUUGUGCUCUUUCUUCUUUUGCAUUCUUUUGCUUUCAUUUAAGGCAGCAUCCCAAGAAGUUGAAAAUGAGAGAGAGUUUGAUUACGAGGAUGAUGGGGAGAGAGGACCAUCUCAUUGGGGAGACCUUCGACCAGAAUGGCAGAAAUGCAAGGCUGGAUUUAUGCAAUCUCCAAUCGAUUUGUUGCAUCAGAGAGUUGAAGUUAUUUCCCAUUUGGGAGACCUCGAAACAAACUACAUACCCUCCAAUGCCACUAUCAAGAAUAGAGGCCAUGAUAUUAUGAUGAAAUGGGUAGAUGGAGGUGGAUACAUGGAAAUGAAUGGAAMUCAAUAUAAACUAAAACAAUGUCAUUGGCAUUCACCUUCUGAGCACACCAUUGAUGGCAAAAACUUUGAUCUUGAAGCUCAUUUGGUCCAUGAAAGCUCAACUGGCAUCAUUUCUGUAAUUGGAAUCUUGUAUCAGAUUGGGGAGCCUGAUUAUUUCUUAUCAACUAUGAAAGAUCAUUUAGAAGUUAUCUCUGAUACUCAUGAAGAAGAGAGAAUCAUUGGAAUAAUUGAUCCAACUCUUCUAAAGAUAGGCAGCAAACAAUAUUACAGAUAUAUUGGAUCUCUUACGGUUCCUCCAUGCACUGAAAAUGUUAUUUGGACAAUGAUACGUGAGGUGAGGACGGUAACAGAAGAACAAGUGAAACAACUUCGCGUAGCUGUUCAUGAUGACUCAGAUACUAAUGCUAGGCCAUUGCAGCCGAUCUACAAUAGAAAAACGCAACUUCAAAGACCCAAGGAAAAUGAAGAUUGACCCAAAAAAAAAAAGAGAGAUCUAAGUUUAUAUUAUUAUUAUUAUUAUGGAGUUCAUCCUUUUUCUCAACCCCAACUU